AAAAACUUCCUAUCACCACGUUCGCACGUCCAUCGGCCCAUCCCCGAGCGAACUCUUCGAGCGCCUCGUCCGACUCCAUUUCUCCUUCACGAUUUCCACUCCUCUCUCUCGUCGAGCACAGCCUUUAUUCCCGCUCAUCUGGCUAUCGCCGAACACAGCAGCCGGUCAUCUCCCUCUCGGCGAACACAGCAGGCCCUAAUCUCCCUCUUGGUCUCGACAAACGCAACUCAUCCAUCUUCCUCUUACCGAAACAAUCAACCCAACAGUCCAAGGAAGACAGCCAAGCCAAUUCAGAUCAACCAAGAGAAACGAUGGAGGUCAGAACUCGCGCUCCUGGAAAGAUCAUCCUCUCCGGCGAGCACGCCGUUGUUCAUGGAUCCACGGCCAUUGCUGCCGCCAUCGAUCUAUACACCCACGUCCUUUUCCGGCUGCCCGCACCGUCAGAGAACCAUGAAUCAAUUGAACUUGAGCUCAAAGAUAUGGGUCUAGUGUUUUCUUGGCCCUCUCGAAGAUUAGAAGAAGCAUUUACUGCAAUUGAUAUUAUUCCUUCAACCCUAGAAACAUGUUCCCCGGAUUGUUUGAAGUUAAUUGCUAGUCUAGUUGAGGAGAAGAACAUUCCUGAAGAUAAGAUUUGGCUCUCUUCCGGAAUUUGUGCUUUUCUCUAUUUAUACAUCUCAGUCCAUAGGUUCAAGCCUGCAAUGGUGGCUAUUACUUCUGAGCUUCCUUUGGGUUCUGGCUUGGGAUCAUCAGCCUCAUUUUGUGUCUCACUUGCAGCAGCUUUUCUAUCACUCACCGAAGUAAUUUCUAUUGCUGAUGAGAAAAAUGGUUGGUUAACCUUAAACAAGAGUAAUCUUGAGAUAGUGAACAAGUUGGCAUUUGAAGGUGAGAGGAUUAUACAUGGGAAGCCAUCUGGUAUUGACAACACCAUAAGCACGUUUGGAAGAUUAAUCAUGUUCAAAUCCGGUGAAUUAAUUCAAAUAGAAUCUACCAUACCUCUAAGAAUGCUUAUAACCAAUACGAAGGUUGGGAGGAACACCAAAGCGUUAGUUUCUGGUGUUUCAGAAAGAGUUUUUCGGCAUCCGGGUGCUAUGCAUGCAGUUUUUACAGCUAUUGAUUUUAUAAGCAAAGAAUUAGCUAGCACAAUUGAAACACCUGCAACUAGUGACAUCUCUAUCACAGGGAGGGAAAACAAGAUAGAAGAACUCAUGGAGAUGAAUCAAGGUUUACUUCAAUGCAUGGGAGUUAGCCAUGAUUCGAUCGGAACCGUGUUGCGAGCAACUGCUAAGUAUAAGUUGGCUUCAAAACUCACCGGUGCUGGCGGUGGAGGUUGUGUCCUGACUUUGCUACCAACAUUGAUAUCUAGCACGGUUGUAGACAAGGUUGUUGAGGAACUUGAAUCAUUGGGAUUCAAAUGUUUCAAAGCCCAAGUGGGUGGAGAAGGCCUACAAAUCUGUUAUGGCUGAGGGCGUCUUCAGCCGAACUCUAAACAACUGCAAGGCGUAGCUGAUUUGUAAUAUUCGAACGGCAAAAAAAUCACUAAUCGGUGGAGGGUGAACAGUGCGAUGCCAAUAUUGACGUUGUAUUGUUCACUUACACGAUUUUUUUUGUCUCAAUCGGAUGCGCCAAAGAAACAGGUGAAAGAGGAAGACGGUUACCUAUGCAGAAGCGUGCAAAAUAGAGUUUGAUUAGAGAUGAAUCACAUCAUUUUUUAGUUACACUGUAUUUUGAAGUGAAAAAUGGGAUAUGCCCUGACCAUAUCAUCUGCAGCUAUUGAGACUAUAUAUAUAUAUUUUUGAAUGGUUUCAUUAAGCAGUAAAGUGGUAAUGUAAAAACCUUUAAUUGAUUCCAUUAUCUUUGCUUAUUUAUUCAUGAAU